GCGCGGGUGGCCCCGCCCCCAUCCCCUGUCGCCGUGUGAGGGCACCGACGGGGCGCGGGGCAGCUGCAGCUGCACGUCGUCAGACGUCUGCCGCCUCGCGACGCGGCAUCAUGGGCGCGCGCUCCGCGGCCCUCGGCCUCCUCCUGCUUGUCUGCGGCCCGGCGCAGGUGUUCACACAGUCCUGUAUUUGGUAUGGAGAGUGUGGGAUCGCAUCUGGAGAUAAGCGGUACAAUUGCAAAUAUUCUGGGCCACCAAAGCCAUUGCCAAAGGACGGAUAUGACCUAGUGCAGGAACUGUGUCCAGGAUUCUUCUUCGACAAUGUCAGUCUUUGUUGUGAUGUCCAGCAGCUUCAGACACUGAAAAACAGUCUUCAGCUGCCUCUACAGUUUCUGUCCAGAUGUCCAUCCUGCUUUUAUAAUCUCAUGAACUUGUUUUGUGAGCUGACAUGUAGCCACCGACAAAGUCAGUUUCUGAAUAUUACAGCAACUGAAGAUUAUGUUGAUCCUGUUACUAACCAAACAAAAACAAAUGUAAAAGAAUUACAGUACUAUAUUGGAGAGACUUUUGCCAAUGCGAUGUACAAUGCCUGCCAAGAUGUUGAAGCCCCUUCAAGUAAUGACAGAGCCCUGGGCCUCAUGUGUGGGCGGGAUGCCAGUGACUGCAACGCCACUAACUGGAUCGAGUACAUGUUCAGCAAGGACAAUGGCCAGGCACCUUUUACCAUCAUACCCAUCUUUUCAGAUUUCCCAACCCAUGGGAUGGAGCCAAUGAAUAAUGCCACCAAAGGCUGUGAUGAGUCUGUAGAUGAGGUCACAGGGCCAUGCAGCUGCCAGGACUGUUCAGUCGUAUGUGGCCCCAAGCCCCAGCCACCACCACCUCCUAUUCCUUGGAGAAUCUUGGGACUGGAUGCCAUGUAUGUCAUUAUGUGGGCCACCUACAUGGCAUUUCUGCUUGUGUUUUUUGGAGUGUUUUUUGCUAUGUGGUGCUACAGGAAACGAUAUUUUGUCUCGGAGUACACCCCUAUCGACAGUAAUAUAGCUUUCUCUGUAAAUGCCAGUGACAAAGGGGAGGUGUCCUGCUGUGACCCAGUCAGCGCAGCAUUUGAAAACUGUUUGAGGCAGCUCUUCUCUCAGUGGGGCUCUUUCUGCGUUCGAAACCCUGGCUGCAUCAUUUUCUUCUCUGUGGCCUUCAUUGCGGCAUGUUCUUCAGGCCUGGUGUUUGUGCAGGUCACAACCAAUCCAGUGGACCUCUGGUCAGCCCCUAGCAGCCAGGCACGCCUGGAGAAAGAAUACUUUGACACACACUUUGGGCCAUUCUUCCGCACUGAGCAGCUCAUCAUCCGGGCCCCUAACACCAAAAUACAUACUUACCAGCCAUACCCCUCAGGAUCUGAUGUGCCCUUUGGACCUCCGCUGGACAUAGAGAUUUUGCACCAGGUUCUUGACUUACAAACAGCCAUUGAAAACUUGACUGCAUUCUAUAACAAUGAGACCGUGACACUUCAAGACAUCUGCUUGGCCCCACUCUCACCAUAUAACAGGAACUGCACCAUUAUGAGCGUGUUAAAUUACUUCCAGAACAGUCAUUCCAUUCUAGACCACAAGAUAGGGGACUAUUUCUACACGUAUGCAGACUACCACACACACUUUCUGUUCUGUACACGGGCUCCUGCCUCUUUGAAUGAUACCAGUUUGCUCCAUGAUCCUUGUCUGGGCACGUUUGGUGGACCAGUGUUCCCAUGGCUUGUGUUAGGAGGCUAUGAUGAUCAAAACUACAAUAACGCCACAGCUCUUGUAAUUACCUUCCCAGUCAAUAAUUACUAUAACGACACAGAGAAGCUGCAGAGAGCCCAGGCCUGGGAAAGAGAGUUUAUUAGUUUUGUGAAAGACUACAAGAAUCCAAAUCUGACUGUUUCUUUCUCGGCUGAACAAAGUAUUGAAGAUGAACUGAAUCGUGAAAGUAACAGUGAUGUUUUCACUAUUAUGAUCAGCUAUGGCAUCAUGUUUCUGUAUAUUUCCAUAGCCUUAGGACACAUCAAAAGCUGCAGCAGGAUUCUGGUGGACUCCAAAGUCUCGCUGGGCAUUGCUGGCAUCCUCAUUGUCCUGAGUUCAGUGGCAUGCUCCCUCGGCAUCUUCAGCUACCUGGGGAUCCCACUCACCCUCAUUGUGAUUGAAGUUAUCCCAUUCCUUGUGCUGGCUGUUGGGGUGGACAACAUCUUCAUUCUGGUCCAGACCUACCAGAGAGAUGAACGUCUUCAAGGGGAAACCCUGGACCAGCAGUUGGGCAGGGUGCUGGGUGAAGUGGCUCCCAGUAUGUUCCUGUCGUCCUUCUCAGAGACGGUAGCCUUUUUCUUAGGAGCCUUGUCAGUGAUGCCGGCGGUUCAUACCUUCUCUCUGUUUGCGGGAAUGGCGGUCUUCAUUGAUUUCCUUCUUCAGAUUACCUGUUUUGUGAGUCUCUUGGGGCUAGACAUUAAGCGUCAAGAGAAAAAUCGUAUGGACAUCCUCUGCUGUGUCAGAGGUGCUGAAGAUGGCACAAGUGUCCAGGCCUCUGAAAGCUACUUGUUUCGGUUCUUCAAAAACUCCUAUUCCCCAUUUCUGCUUAAAGACUGGAUGAGACCAAUUGUGGUGGCUGUAUUUGUAGGUGUUCUUUCAUUCAGUAUUGCAGUCAUGAACAAAGUAGAAAUUGGAUUGGAUCAGUCUCUUUCAAUGCCAGAUGACUCCUACAUGACAGACUAUUUCAAGUCCCUCGGCCAGUACCUGCACGCAGGCCCACCGGUCUACUUUGUCCUGGAGGAAGGGCACGACUAUACUUCUCUGAAAGGGCAGAACAUGGUGUGCGGGGGAAUGGGCUGCAACAACGACUCCCUGGUGCAACAGAUAUUCACUGCAGCUCAGCUGGACAACUACACCCGAAUAGGCUUCACUCCAUCCUCCUGGAUCGAUGAUUACUUUGACUGGAUCAAGCCACAGUCUUCUUGCUGUAGAGUCUAUAACAAUACUGAUCAGUUCUGCAAUGCUUCAGUGGUUGACCCAGCCUGCUUGCGCUGCAGGCCUCUGACUACUAAGGGUAAACAGAGGCCUCAGGGUGGAGACUUCAUGAGGUUCCUGCCCAUGUUCCUUUCCGACAACCCAAAUCCAAGUUGUGGCAAAGGGGGUCACGCUGCUUAUGGCUCUGCAGUGAACAUCCUUGGCAAUGACACGAACGUCGGAGCCACGUACUUCAUGACCUAUCACACCGUUCUUCAGACCUCAGCUGACUUUAUUGAUGCCAUGAAGAAAGCCCGCCUGGUCGCUGAUAACAUCACUAAAACCAUGGGCCUUGAAGAAAGCAGCUACCGUGUGUUUCCAUACAGUGUGUUCUAUGUCUUCUAUGAACAGUACCUGACCAUUAUUGAUGACACCAUCUUUAAUCUUGGCGUGUCCUUGGGAGCAAUCUUUUUGGUGACCAUGGUUCUUCUGGGCUGUGAAAUCUGGUCUGCUGUGAUCAUGUGUGUCACCAUCGCCAUGAUCCUGGUCAACAUGUUUGGAGUCAUGUGGCUAUGGGGCAUCAGUCUGAACGCGGUUUCCUUAGUCAAUUUGGUUAUGAGCUGUGGCAUUUCCGUGGAGUUCUGCAGCCACGUCACAAGAGCCUUCACAGUGAGCACCAAGGGCAGCCGUGUGCAACGAGCAGAAGAGGCCCUUGCGCACAUGGGGAGCUCUGUAUUCAGUGGAAUCACACUAACAAAGUUUGGAGGGAUUGUGGUAUUGGCCUUUGCCAAAUCUAAAAUUUUCCAGAUAUUUUACUUCAGGAUGUAUGUAGCUAUGGUCUUACUAGGAGCCACUCACGGAUUAAUAUUCCUCCCCAUCUUGCUCAGUUAUAUAGGACCAUCAAUAAAUAAAGCCAGAAGCUUGGCCACUAAAGAGCGACUCAAAGGUACAGAGCGAGAACAUCUCCUAAAUUUCUAGCCCAUCGGAGCUUGGGGACUCUGAGUUCUGACUCUGCAGGUCAGUUAGUUUCUCUUGGGUGAUUAGUAGCUGCACUGUCAGGAAGUCGAACAAAGAGAAGAUGUGAUCAAAAGCCAGGCUAUUCAGCAGCAGUAGCUGUAAGCCCAGGAAUGCAAAUAUGAACUGUGAGGCAGUAUUACGAAACCUGAAGGCAACUCCAGAACACUAAAGCAUCUUCCAGCUCUCCGGGAUGAAACUGGAUUCUCCACUGAGUACUAGGAUGGCUGUGGAUGGGAUCUGCUCACUGAUACUUUCUAAGGCCAAUCAAUGCAAUUUCUCCAUUUUAGGAGUAAGCCAUCAAUAUCAUAUUUUAGUAACACUUGAGGAUGUUGUAGAGACACUUUGUUAUAACAUUUUAUAGUUUAAAGAGCUUUAUUAAUGCAAUAAAUUAACUUUGUACAUA